UUAAAACUCAAAAUUAAAAACCUCAGCAGUGUUUGUUUGUUUUUUUGUGUGUGGUCUUAUCUUGACCAUCUAUAUAAACCCCGUAGUCCUUUGAACAAUUACAUCUUGUCAAUCUGAACAAAGACAGUUUGAAAGAAAAAUGUUGUUGUUGACACUUCUGAUCGCAUUGCCAGCUUUGGCUUUUUGCCAAGUGGACAUUCAGCAUCUUGCUGACCUUCAGUUUAACAGAUUUGACGUUGACCAGGAUGGAAAUAUUGAGCCAUUAGAAGUAGCCACAUACUUCAGAAGAUUUGACACCAACCAGGACCAACAGAUCUCCAGAGUUGAGUACAACAAAGAGGUAGACACCCACCACGCCAACGACCCACCAACCCACACAGUCCUGCUGCGUCUUUUCGACGCCUUGGACUACAACAACGACAGCCACCUCAGCCAGAGUGACUAUGACGCUCUCUUCAUUGCAGCAGACGCCAACAAGAACCACCUGGUCAACCAGGCCGAGUUCAGAACAGUGUUCUACGAUCUGACUGGCAUUCUUCCUGUUGGGAAAUAAGACACAAUCCAGGACAAAAUCUAAUAUGAAAUCUAUAUAUAAAAACAACCUUUUUUGAUAUCUAAAUAAAUGAAUUCCCUUUA